AUGGACAUCAGCGGACAAACGGUUUCUCGACGAUUCAACGCCCCCGACUCGGACAUUUCGCUUCUGUCGUCUGACAAUGUCCUCUUCAAGGUCCACCGCAUCAACCUCAAGAUGCACUCUGACAUAUUCGCUGAUGCAGACGAUAUAUCUACCUUCAAGACCUCGAAUCAGCAGGCUCCGGAGAUCGUAGCAUUGGCAGAACAUUCCACCGUCCUCUCUAUCCUGUUGCGCUACAUGUAUCGUCAACCACCGCCUGACCUUUCGGCUCUCGCGCACGACGACUUCCCCCUCCUGGAACAAAUUGCAGAAGCAGCAGAGAAAUACCGGGUUUUCUUCGCAAUUGACGCCGCCGUUCGCGCUCUUAGGCUGUCGCUCCCCACCAACCCCUUCCAAAUCCUUUCCUUCGCAAUAAAGCACAAGCACCCUUCACUGGUAGAUGCCGCCGCUGAAUGGGGCCUCAGAGCAUCAUCGCUGGCAAUGGGGCUGGUUGUUCCCCCGCCCUCACGCACGCGACGAACGAGAUCAAUAACGAGUGAUUUUGAUUCCAAUGAUGAGGGGGACGAGGGGGUCACUACUACAGAUAAUGGUAAUAGUACGCCUACGGUACUGAACGCAAACUCCGAUGGUUCAAUGGUCGUAGAUGUUGAUGUCAGCGGCUCGGGCUCGGGCUCGGGGUCAAGAUCAGGUGGGACUGGUGGGUUGGGAGAGAUGUUGGCGCCUUCUAUUCGAAGUGCUUGGAUAGCGUACUCCUCCAACCAUCACACCCUCUUGCAGCACCAAUUUCUCCUCUAUCCACCAACAACUCACCACUGGAAUCCCACCUCCCGCGACAUCGACCUCCCUUGCGACGUUUGGGCUGUUGGCUGGGGAAUGGUGGUCAGCCGGCUGGGCUCCGGGGGUGUCGGGAUGAUGCUGGGAGAUGUAGAGGUUGGUUUGGGUUUGGGUUCGAGUGUUUUAGGCGAUAGUGGGAAUACAGAUACACCAGGCGGAGGCGGAGGGGUGAAUAACGCGCUGCCCCCAUCGCCGUUACACCCUUCCUCGUCCUCGUCCUCAUCUCAAGCUCUUCAAACAGCCCUCACACAGCUCCUCUCGCCCUCUUCCAAUCCUAAUCCGUCCCUGUCCCCUACCGUGGUAGCGGCCAACGCAAACGCCAAUGGCAACGGGGUAGGAACAGCAAUGAACGGGAGUAGGGUAAGGGGGACGAUGGGAAUUAACACGCUGUUCCGGCCUGCUGAAGAAUACGUCAAGGGAAAGUGCGGGGAAUGUAGAGAGACGCUGGAGGGGUGGAAGAAGGAGAUGGGGAGGAGUGUAGAGAGGGUCGGCGGGUUUAGUCGGUUCGUGGGCAUUUAG